AUGAGGAGUCCAGAUUUAAUAGUUCUUUUCCAGUUGAACUCGGUCAUCAGCGUCAAAACAGCACAUGGUGAUCUCAUCACAUAUCUGUGCAGGCAUUGGCAACCUCCGGUGGACACUGAGACACCAGAAGGAGAGCAGACAGUUGCUCUAGAAGGAGAGCACAUAGCUGCUUCCCUGGCAGAGCCGGUAGAUUCUUCAUCUGUUCUAGUUAACUCUCCAUCCUCAGAUUCUUCUACGUCUGAGCUUGACUUACCUAUUGCUCACACAAAAGAGAAGCAUUGUCUCAUCUUGGCUGGGAAGCAGCAAUGAAGGAGGAAUACCAUGUCGCAAGAAGAUACAUUCUGCACAUGAUCACGGUGUAACAUUCGGCCCUUCUGCCUUCUCCAAUGCCCAGUAGAAAGAGUCAACUAUGGCAUCAAAUAGGUCACUGUAGCCAAGAUUUUUAUUUCAGAUCACGACUCCGGAGGCACUGUACAGAGCAUAAUCUGGCCUGACUGCUCUUGGAUCAGCACCAUACCCAAUAUAAGGGUACACACUACAGAGAGAGGGUAACUGUUGGCUAGUAAGAAUUGGAAUACAGGUCCUUAAAAAGGAUCAGAAUUAGCUGCAAAUUGAGCAACUGGGCUGAAUGUUGUCUGGACAGACAGCGGAACGGUAGUAACGGGUAGUGAAUAAUUGUUAGCUUCUAGCGCUGCUUCAAGACCCUAAAUGGCAGGCAGCACAAACUGAGGUAUAUCACCAAUAAUUGGCUUGUUGCCAAAGCACAGAUAAGCAAUGUUGACGCAAUGUGCAUAAAAUGUGAUUACUCCCUUAGCAAAGACAUCAGGGUAAGUCUUGUCUCAAACUAGGCAGAUACCUCCAAGUUCCCGAUUCCCAGCACCACUGGGAUUCUGGUGUUUUAUUUUACAGUAAGAGCACGAAGUUUUUUAAUGUUCUUCGACUCAUACCAUGGACUGGUUUUGGGUUGGGGAGGUUGUCUCUGUGAAAAUUAAUGACAACCGAUGACACCUUGACUCUCUGCAUAAAGUAGAAUUAGUGAAACAGAUGUGAGAUGUCUUGAUCAGAAGAUAAGGAAAAAUUCUUUCAAUAGGGAAAGACGACAGCUUACCUAUGACCAUAGAAACAGAAUCAAAACUGAGAUGAAGUAUGAGACAGAGACAAUUCUUAUGCAGAAUCUAUGGCUGUUUCAAAUGAUAAGACAAGGAACCAACUGAAGACUCUGAUGAGUAUUGACAGUCCGAAGCUCUGAGAUUGAAGCUAUCAUCUUCCUAGUGUCUCCUACAGUGCAACUCUAUUUUUUUGGUUGGACAAGUUUGUACAGACUGGCAUUUUAUU